AUGAAGCUUAAGCCUUCCGAGAUGGCCGUGGAGGAGAAAGAAACGCGACCGGAGGAAGAGGAGCUGGGCCGGGACGAUGCUGGUGGCUUCAGUGUUCUACCACCUCCUCCGAGAUACCCCGGCGUCGGCGGCUAUGGAGCCGCAGGUCUAGGCGGCAUUGUGCCGCUCGUCGAGACAAACAACACAAUCGACAAGCCCACGGGCCCGGAAUGGCAGUUUCUCGUCGGAGAAGGUACUUACGUGCUCAGAGAAGAUCUCUCCUUAGCCACACCUCCUCCGCACCCCUCCGAAGCUCCCAUCGUGAACCCGAACCCGCUCGCGACCACCCCACAACCCGCCAGUGCAGGGACAAAACUGUCCCUUGUCAACCUCCACCCUAAACCACCCCCAUUCGUCUACAGGGGAGCUGCAGCAUCUUCCUUUGGCGGACAGGUAUCCUUGGAUGGAUCCAACGACAUUCGAUGUUCAACCGAAGGCGGCAUGAGCAGUGAAGAUGGCCGGGCGACCUCCAACAGCGACAAGCAAGGUUCACAAGUUGCUUUCGGGUCUGCUGCGCCGGCUUUUGGACAAGGCAAUGCGGCCCUGACGACGGUCGUAACCAAGGACGUGAACAAGAGAAAGAAGCCAAAGAAUAACGUCACAAAGAGCAACUCAUCAUUCAUCUCUAGAGUCAUUGUCCAUGACAGCGACUAUCUUGUUAAGGUUCUAUUUACGAAAGCCCACUGCUUGUGCCACGAUGUGAAUAUGGCUACGAAAGGCGCUUCCCACCUCGAUGUCGUCAUGGGAUUUUCCACAGGGGAGAUUAUCUGGCUGGAACCCAUCUCGCAGCGCUAUACCAGACUGAAUAAGAAUGGCGUCAUCAACAAUACACCAGUGGCACACGUGAAGUGGCUGCCUGGAUCCGAAAACCUCUUCCUUGCAGCGCACAUGGAUGGUUCGUUGAUUGUCUAUGACAAGGAGAAAGAGGACGCGACCUUUACGCCAGAGGACGAGAACCAAUCCAAUGGAGGCUCCGAUGCUGGCGACGGCACAAACGGAACGUCAUCUGGCAUCACUAUGCUCAUUCGCAAAUCAGUGCACUCCAAGAACCAGAAGACGAACCCAAUAGCGGCUUGGAAGCUAUCAAACCAACGAAUACACGCAUUUUCGUUCUCGCCUGGUCAUAGACACCUGGCUGUUGUGUCUGAAGAUGGAACUCUGAGAAUCAUAGAUUAUCUCAAGGAAGAGCUUCUUGAUUUAUUCUAUUCAUACUAUGGCGGAUUUUCCUGCGUAGCCUGGACACCAGAUGGCAAAUACGUCUUGACCGGUGGACAGGACGACCUUAUUUCGAUAUGGUCAAUGGCCGAUACCGCAUUGGUUGCACGAUGCCAGGGCCACGAAUCGUGGGUCGCGGCUCUGGCGUUUGACCCCUGGCGCUGUGACGAUCGCAACUAUCGCUUUGGCAGUGUUGGUGAGGAUGGGCGACUGUGCCUGUGGGAUUUCUCGGCGGUCAUGUUGCACCGCCCCCAAACCAACCGACACAGAAGCUCAGUCUCUUCGAAUUCCGGCUUACCGGAGCGAUUCAGUAGCUACAACAGCGAAAAUGGCUCCAGAAUUGCGCAUGCUGUCGAGCCACGAGCACACAUUCCGAUGCUUCCCCCAGUCAUGACAAAAGUGAUUGACAAACAUCCUCUGUCAUGGCUCGAGUUCACCGAGGAUGCCAUUAUCACCAGCUGCAAAAAUGGCAAGUCUUUCUUGUGCUCGUUGACACCCGGUAUGGGAGCGGCAGUAGAUCUAAAGGCUUCAGAAAUAGCCUCGUGA